AUGGUGCCGCUGCCGCGGAGCGCCGGGGGCUCCCACCAGUGGCUGGCGAUCGUUUUCCUCGGCCUUUGCUGGUUCCUGCCUCCCGGGAGAUUGGCCGCGCCGGGCGGAGACUUCCCGGGCUCCGCCGUGGACAGCCUGGUGGUCAGGAAAGGGGACACGGCGGUGCUGAGGUGUUACCUGGAAGAUGGAGCUUCCAAGGGGGCCUGGCUGAACCGCUCCAGCAUCAUCUUCGCGGGCAGUGACAAGUGGUCGGUGGAUCCGCGCGUGUCCAUCGCCACGGCCAACAGGAGGGAGUACAGCCUGCAGAUCCAGGACGUGGACGUGACGGAUGACGGACCCUACACCUGCUCCGUGCAGACCCAGCACACCCCCAGGACCAUGCAGGUGCACCUGACUGUGCAAGUUUCUCCCAAGAUAUUCCGGAUUUCCAGCGACAUCGUGGUGAACGAGGGCAGCAACGUCACCCUGGUGUGCCUGGCCACGGGGAAACCAGAGCCCUCCAUCUCCUGGAGACACAUCUCCCCCUCGGCCAAGCCCUUUGAGAGUGGGCAGUACCUGGACAUCUAUGGAAUUACCAGAGACCAGGCUGGGGAGUACGAGUGCAGUGCAGAGAACGACGUCUCAGUCCCAGAUGUGAAAAAAGUAAAAGUGACAGUAAACUUUGCCCCCACAAUUCAGGAACUUAAAUCCAGCGGUGUGAUGCUUGGAGGGAACGGCCUGAUCCGGUGUGAAGGUGCAGGAGUGCCUGCCCCGGGCUUUGAGUGGUACAGAGGAGAGAGGAAACUGAUCAAUGGUCAACAAGGAAUCACUAUUAAAAAUUAUAGUACAAGAUCCCUUCUUACUGUUACCAAUGUGACAGAAGAGCACUUUGGCAACUAUACUUGUGUCGCUGCCAACAAGCUAGGGACGACCAAUGCCAGCCUGCCUCUCAACCAAAUUAUUGAGCCUACUACCUCUAGUGGUGUCUCGAGCCCAGCUCCCAGCACAGCCCAGUACGGGAUCACCGGGCACGCCGAGGUGCUGUUCUCCUGCUGGUCCCUGGUGCUGACGCUCUCCUCCCUCAGCAGCAUAUUCUACCUGAAGAACAUCCUUCUGCACUACGUGUAA